UUCUCCAUUAUAAUGAUUGAAAGUGUCGACUCGGUAGUCAGUAUCUCCAGCCAGGACCUCUGGGCUGAAAUCUGUUCAUCUCUUCCACAUCCAGACCAGACUGAAGACUCAAGCAAUGCAUUUGCAGAUUCCUUUACAGAUUCUUACUUUCACGUAGAAAGCCAGAACGGAGUAAUGGACACCUCUUUCCAAGCAAACUUGAAGCCCUGGGCACCGCUAAAAGAUUCAGAGGUCUAUUUGGCAUCUUUAGAGAGAAGACUGAUGCGAAUAAAGGGUUUGUCUCAGGAGGUGACUUCAAAGGAUAUGCUGCAUACCCUUGCUCAAGCCAAGAAGGAAUGCUGGGACAGGUUUCUGCAGGAGAAGUCCGAGUCUGACUUUUAUAUGGAAGGGACAGAACCUGAUGAGAGCACUUUGGAACACUUGAAGCGCUGGCUGCAGCCUGAUAAAGUGGCAGUCAGCACUGAGGAAGUACAGUAUCUGAUUCCCCUGGAAGCCCAUAUAGAGAAGUUGGAGAAUGAAGAAGAGUCUAUGUCAGCGGAACAGUGAAACACAUUCCAAUCUUGCCUCAUG